ACACUCAAACUUCUUCCUAAACACAUCUACUGGCUCCAUAAUUCUACUUUCGGAGUUCAAUUUGUAUUCAGCAACACUGUCUGACGACCAUGGCACCUCUACAGUUUGCAUCGGUGUCGGCUGUUGAUCAAGUGCAGCAACAUCAGGCAUACCCCGGCCUAGCUCCGAACGCAGCAGCAUCCACAGUGCUACUCUUCUCGGUGAUGCUCCGAGCUGCGCUGUACAUCCGUGACGACGGGGAGCUGAGAGUGAAUGCCAGCCAGUGUCCAGGACAACAGUAUCCGGAGACAAACCGACUUCAACGCUUCUGCGGUCCGCCGGCAGGUGCUGCAAUGGACACUCAGGUCAGCUCCAUCUGCAAGUACAUGUCCCACGAUGGCGAGUUCCUUCUGGCUAUGGACCUGACUACAGGUAUGCUGACAACUGUCCAGACACAACUGCAGAGUCGCGCUGCAGAACACGGUAUUUGCGUUCAGUUCGAAGAGGUCGCGAUGCCAAGCAGCAACCCUGGUGCUGUACCAGGACAUGGCGACUCCGUGCAGCUCGUUGGAUUCGCAGACGGACGAGAUCAGCACCCAGUGGUACUAUCAGGUAGACCAGUAACGGAGAUGGACAUUUGUCGGACUGGUGUUGAGCCCUUUAUGCAGGUGACCAGACGCGACGACAACACUAUGGCCGAGGCUCGCCAUUUCGUCAUCGUCACUCCAGGUGAUGUCAUCAGACACUCCGCUAGUCAGCACCGUCCAGAACAGCAGCAAGAGUGUGGCGAUCAGAUUCGUUCCUCGUAUCCGUUGUUGUGGAGUUCAGAUACAGUGUGUGCUGACAGUGAGGAUGAUGGUAGUGACUAUGAUCUGGAUGAUGAUAAUGAAAUGGAGAUGGCAAACGAGAACUCGAUCGUGUUUUCUAACACUACAUAGCUACGUGGAUUGUAAUACACGUACAUUGUACAAUGUCCAUGCACAUGUUCAUUAUGUACAUCGUAUUCCGUAGUCAUGCACUUCUACAUUCGCCCUUAACCUGCUGUUGCACAGCGCUCCGGUUAAUUCGCAUUCCAGUGUCGUGCCAAACACAUCAUUGGCCAUAUUGCUCCGUUGUUAUUGAGGGUCCCUAAACUCAAACAUGGUCUCUUUGCUGCUUACAUAACUUGAAAUGUUCAUUAAUUUUAGAAAAGUGACUGAGAGUGACUAACAAUAUAAUAACAACCUUCCUGUUAGAAUCCCGAAACCAUUUUUGUUUUACUAUUAUCAUCUGUGCAGUAUGAAACAGACGCCUUCUGCCAUGAUUUCUUCCAUCACCUAAACUCAACAUUUUACUUGGCAUAACUGCAGACUCUUGGUUCUCCAAACUAACCACUGUUGGUUCUCUAACGGCUUGGCUUACGUUAGUUCGUCUCACGCACACUACAACAUGUAAUGAGGCUUGUUCUACUUGUUUUACACCAUGCUGCAUAACACAUUCCUCAGGUUGUGUAGACUCCACCUUAGCCUAUUCAUGUCUCACACAACUAUUGUAUACAUAUUAAUCACUACCCAAAACGGUCUUCCAAGAUGGGCCUGGCCUGAAAAGUUGAAUAAAACUAAACUUUUGU